CCACGCGUCCCGUGACGUCGCCACGUGGCGCGCGCCCCCUCCGAGCGUGAGCUGCGCCCCUCCCCUCAACCGCGUCAGUUGCGCAUGCGCAGUGCGGUCCCAAGAGACGCGGACUGCCAACCAUGGCGCAGCGAGAGCGGGCUUCGCCCCCCCACGCCCUGGAGGAGGCGACCGGGUUCCUGGAGCGCAUGGGACGGAGCGCCGUGGGCACCGCCGCGGGCGCGCUGCUGCUGCUGGGUGCCGUCUUCCUCCUCGUCACCAACGAGGGACGUGCCGUGAAGACUGCCGCUGCUCUGGACGAGGGUCUGGCCGUUGUGAAAAGCCUCCCGCAGGCCCCGGUCUCGGUGGCGAGCGAGUUCGAGGGGCAGCUCGUCCACCUGUCCGGGCCGAUUCGUACGGAGAAGCCACUGUACGACCCCAACUACGGCGUUCGCGUGCACGCCGUGAAGCUGCGGCGCCACGUGGAGAUGUACCAGUGGGUGGAGCACGAAGAUGGCAGGGAGUACAAGGAGGGGAGCGACGUGAAACGAGAAGCCAGGUACUCGUAUGACACAGAGUGGCGCAGCGACGUGGUCAACAGCCGCAACUUCGACAAAGAAUUUGGCCACCAGAACCCCAGCAUCAUGGCGGUGGAGAGCCUCACGGCCGUGGCCUCGGACGCACGCGUGGGCCGGCUCCUCCUCUCUGCAGAACUCCUGGAGAAGAUCACCUGGUUCCGGCCCAUAGCCCUGCUCGGGAUGAGUCCGCCCAAUGCCGACACGGAGAUCCACGACAAUCACUUUUACCACCGCUACCACCCGGGCCAGUACGCGCAGGUGGGCGACCUCCGCGUGUCCUUCUCCUCUGCCGGCUCGAGUGGAGAGGAUGGUGAGGAGGUGUCCAUCAUCGCCAAGCAGCAAGGCGAGCAGCUGGUGGCUCACGCAACAAAGUCUGGGAGCUCCCUGGCUCUCCUCCACCCGGGCCGAUUCUCUGCCCAGGAGCUCUUUGAGCUGGAGCACCAGAGCAACCGGCAGCUGAGCUGGGCACUGCGUGCUGCCGGCCUGCUUCUCAUGUACUUGGCUAUCAGGCUCAUGGUCAACAUCGUCCACACGCUCGUGGAUUGGCUGCCGCUGGUGCGUGACCUCGUGAACCUUGGCCUGUCGGUGUUUGCGGCAAUCGGCGCCGUGUCGCUCUCGGUGACCGUCGUUGCGCUCAGCUGGCUGGCCUACCACCCCGCACACGCCGCGUUACUGCUGCUGGCGGCCGUCACAGUCGUGAUGGUGCCUUGGAGGCUCGUGCGGCCGCAAGCCAGGCCCGCGCAAGCGAUGCGCUCAAAGAAAGAGUAGCACUGUCACCAGUGUGCACGACGGGGUGGGCGGUCUGCGUCUCUGCUGCCUUCAAAUGCGCGUUCACUCCACUCGCUGUGCAGCAGGGUGGCAGCGCCUGUGGUGAUGCUUGUGCCACACUGCAAGUUGCGCCUGUGGUGAUGCUUGUGCCACACUGCAAGUUGCGCCUGUGGUGAUGCUUGUGCCACACUGCAAGUUGCGCCUGUGGUGAUGCUUGUGCCACACUGCAAGUUGCGCCUGUGGUGAUGCUUGUGCCACACUGCAAGUUGCGCCUGUGGUGAUGCUUGUGCCACACUGCAAGUUGCGCCUGUGGUGAUGCUUGUGCCACACUGCAAGUUGCGCCUGUGGUGAUGCUUGUGCCACACUGCAAGUUGCGCCUGUGGUGAUGCUUGUGCCACACUGCAAGUUGCGCCUGUGGUGAUGCUUGUGCCACACUGCAAGUUGCGCCUGUGGUGAUGCUUGUGCCACACUGCAAGUUGCGCCUGUGGUGAUGCUUGUGCCACACUGCAAGUUGCGCCUGCGGUGAUGCUUGUGCCACACUGCAAGUUGCGCCUGUGGUGAUGCUUGUGCCACACUGCAAGUUGCGCCUGCGGUGAUGCUUGUGCCACACUGCAAGUUGCGCCUGUGGUGAUGCUUGUGCCACACUGCAAGUUGCGCCUGUGGUGAUGCUUGUGCCACACUGCAAGUUGCGCCUGUGGUGAUGCUUGUGCCACACUGCAAGUUGCGACCGGGUUUGACUCUGGCGCCUCUGUCUUAAAUUUUGUUUCCUGGCAUUGGCCAAGCAUCUCAAUGCUAAAAGAUUACCUACAAAUUCCUGAAUUGGGAUCACACAUAGCAGCAACAUUGCCCCCUACUGCCAAAACUUGGCAGGACCCUCUUUCCUGGUUAAACAAGCAUAAUGACAACCUUGCUUUACCCCGCUCACUCUUGCAGUGAGACUCAUUCUGGUCUGUUGAGUUCUCAGCUCGUUACACAUCAACUGAACUCAUCAUUCAUGCAGCCUUAAUUCCAAAGUCUAUAUAGCCGUCCACAUAUUUCUACUGUAAAUUACCAGAACGUGCCAUUGGUAAUGUAGCAGGAUGUUGUUGGUGGCUAUGCACGUAGCCUGUAAUCUCGCACUUUGAAGGCAAGGGUUGGUGGGUCACACAUGUUGCAACACUUCUUUCCCAUGGGCAUUGAAGAGGAGGAGCCAUACCCUGGCUCGCCAGUAGAAGGAAGUACAGCACAGCAACACUGAAAAGGAACGGCUGCGAUCAGUGGCCCUCGGUAUACAGUGGAAUUAAAAUAAGAUUAUUACCAAAGAGUUGAACAAACUCCACUUUUCCGUUGUGCUACAACAUGACAUACAUUUGUAUGCUUUUUUGUAUUUGAAUGUUUCAUUUCAUAAUAAAUACAAGCAAAAAACUC